UGAAAUAUCUGCACGUGAGAAUCUCCAUAGAACAAAAAGUGUCUGUGAGAAAGCUUACCUAACAGACAAAGAGGGGCGAGAAACAUCAAGUCACUGAGCCAUCUGAGAAUAACACCUCGUGACUCUUGACACCUUGAAGAGCUACCCGUCCCAUACAACAUGUCGACAGAAAAUAUCCCAGCAGCAGCGAACAUCAUCUCUGGCAAAGUCAAGUGGUUCAAUGUCAAGCAUGGCUACGGUUUCAUUACAAAGGGAGACUCCUCUGAGGACAUCUUUGUGCAUCAGACCGCCAUUAUAAAGAACAACCCUCGCAAGUACCUACGCAGUGUAGGCGAUGGAGAGGACGUUGAAUUCAUUGUCAUUCAGGGCACCAAAGGCCCAGAGGCAGCUCAAGUGACAGGACCCAACGGCUCGCCAGUUCAGGGCAGCAAAUAUGCACCUGACCGUCGUCAAGGGCGUCAGAGACCUCGUCGUCGAGGACCACGUCCCACAACUCAGGACAGUCAGGGGGAGGACAAGAUCGAGGGCAGUGAAGAUGCCGAGGGUGAGCAGGUGGACCGCCGCCGACCCAGAGCCCCUCGCCGAAGAAUCAGAAAACGCCGUGGCCCACCCAAAGAUGACAGCCAGACUCAAGAGGAUGGUCAAGGUCAGAAGGAUGAGUCUGGUGCCCCCAUACAGCCACCUCGGAGAAGAAACUACCGACCCAGACGUCACUUUGACGAUCAGCAGCAAGGUGGUGAGGGUGAAGGAGAAGAGGGAGGAGAACCACGAGAGCCACGGAGAAGGAACUACCGACCCAGGCGCACCAAUGAUGAUCAACAAGGUGGUGAGGUCGUAGGUGAGGGUGAGGAAGGAGGGGAAUUCCCCAGACGCAGGAACAACAGAGGACGGUUCCGCACCAGAGUGUUCCGACCUAGACCCCAGGGAGAGGGAGAGGGAGAAGGAGAGGAGGGAACUGAACAAGUCCGCCCCCCACGUCGUCGUCGUCCACGCCCUCCCAGAUGUCCCCGUCAUAGCCAGGGCGAGGAAGGAGGCAGCGAAGGACAAGAAGUAGUGCAACAAGUACAGCAAGUACCACAGGAAACUCCCAACCAGCCGCCCCCGGAGGAGAGCACUGAGCAGAAAGACUGAGCACUGGCUUACUAAAGCGUGUAUUAUGCUGCACUGUAAAAAGCUGUAUUUAUCGAUUGUCUUUCUAAAUUAUACCAGAUGUUUCUACAACUUUACCUCUACGGACGAUUUAGUAUACAUCACGAUCAUGUCAUACCACCAGUUUCUGUUGUCAUCUGUACUAUAUUUGCUCACCUCUCUGUUGGAGGCAUGAUUAUCAUUUUGUAAUGCUGAUAAUAUCCACCAUGAACUUAAAUUAAUCAAA